AAAUGCCUAAGCUAAAAUAUAUAAAGUGUUGUAAAUGCAGCAUGGAAAAACGUCUAGGAUCUGUAAAUUAUAAUAUAUAUACAAAUUUAAAAGCAUUAAUGAAAAGAAAUGUUUUUAAGCUAAAUUAUAAAGAGUUAUCUACUGGCAGUUGCAAUGAACACACGUAAACUUUCAACGCAUGUGCUGAACACAUCCACUGGAAAGGCAGCUUCCAACAUUAAGGUCACAGUUUAUCGCCUUAAUGAAUCUCAGGAAUGGAUUGCAAUCAAACCGGCAAAAACGAAUACAGAUGGACGCUGUCAAUUGUUGGAACAAGCUAAUUUUACCAGUGGCAUCUAUAAGUUAACAUUUCAAGUGGGCUCAUAUUUUGCUGAGCAAAAUAUAAAAACCUUUUAUCCAGCUAUAGAUAUUAUUGUAGAUUGUUGUGAAGCUCAAAGCUAUCAUAUUCCGCUCUUAAUUAGUCCCUUUGGCUAUAGCACUUAUCGUGGAACAUAG